AUGGAGCUCCUGGGAAUGACCACUAUUUUCUUGCUGCUCUGCAUCUCAUGCCUUCUUCUCUUUGCCUCAUGGAGAAGCAUAUCGCAAAAAGAGAAGCAGCCUCCUGGUCCCAUCACACUCCCCAUUGUUGGAAACAUACUCCAGCUGAACGUGUGGAACUUGCCUGAAAGCUUGAAGAAGCUCAGCAAGAAGUACGGUCCUGUCUUCACAAUAUAUUUAGGCCCACAAAAGGCUGUGGUGCUCUAUGGCUAUGAAGUUGUGAAAGAAGCUCUGAUUGAUCAGGCAGAUGACUUCAGCGGAAGGGGCAAUCUACCACUGCUUAAAAAACUCUUCCAAGGCACAGGCAUUGUGACAAGCAAUGGGGAGACCUGGAAGCAGCUCCGACGAUUUGCACUCACCACCUUGAGGGAUUUUGGGAUGGGGAAGAAGAGCAUCGAGGAGCGAAUCCAGGAGGAAGCUCAUUUUCUGGUGGAGAGGAUCAGGAACACACAUGAGAGACCCUUCAACCCUGGCAACUUCCUAGUCCAUGCUGUUUCCAACAUCAUCUGCUCCAUCAUCUUUGGGGAUCGCUUUGACUAUGAGGACAAGAAAUUUCUAACUUUAAUUGAGUUGCUAGAUGAAAACAACAGGCUCCAGAACUCUAUACAAAUACAGGUGUGUACAUUAUACAAUUUCAUCCCAACUAUCAUGGAGUACUUACCUGGGCCUCAUCAAAAAAUGAUAAAAAAUACUGAAAAAGUUCAUCAAUUUACUUCAGAAAUCAUAGUGGAACACCAGGAAACCCUGGAUCCCACUUGUCCUCGAGAUUUUAUUGAUGCUUUUCUUAACAAAAUGGAACAGGAGAAAGGGAAUGGUCACUCAGAAUUCACCAUUGAGACCUUGAGCAGAACCACGCUCGACUUGUUCCUUGCAGGAACAGGGACCACCAGCACCACACUGAGAUAUGGACUUGUGAUUCUCCAGAAAUACCCAGAGAUAGCAGAGAAAAUGCAAAAGGAGAUUGAUUGUGUCAUUGGCCGAGACCGAAGCCCCUGCAUGGCAGAUCGGAGCCAGAUGCCCUACACAGAUGCUGUGGUCCAUGAAAUCCAGAGAUUCAUCGAUUUCCUUCCACUUAAUGUCCCACAUACUGUGAUCAAAGACAUCAAGUUCAGAGACUAUUUUAUCCCCAAGGACACUAUGAUAAUCCCUAUGCUGACUUCCAUCCUACAUGAUAGUAAGGAAUUUCCAAAUCCAGAAAAAUUUGACCCAGGACAUUUCCUGAAUGCAAAUGGUACCUUUAAAAAGAGUGACUACUUCAUGCCAUUUUCUGCAGGAAAACGCAUCUGUGCAGGAGAAGGUCUGGCCCGGAUGGAGCUAUUCAUAUUUUUAACAGCUAUCCUGCAGAACUUUGCUUUGAAAUCUGUUGUGGAUCACAAGGACAUUGACAUUUCCCCAUUAGUCAGCACUCUGGCAAACAUGCCCCGACCUUAUGAGGUCUCUUUUCUUCCACGUUAGCCAAGCAGAGACAGUUGCCAGCUC